AAACCCAAAAUCAACGGCUCCGAUCACUCCGACCGCUGUUUCGCGUUUGAUACGCCAUUUCUUUCUUCUUCUUCUCCGAUUUAAAUCACAAUUAAUAAGUUAACGGACUCGGAAGAUUACGCCUUCUCGCAUCUCUCUCACUCCACGUUUCCUCGCCGAACAGAGAUACCUGUCGGGAACAACUUAUUCCCCCUCCCCCCCCCCCAACAAGUUUGGUUUUGUCUCUCCCGCCCUCUUCCUUUCCUUUCUUCCGCUACGAAGAGAAGUAAGGGGUGUGUUUUAUGCAUGGAUGGACUCAAGGGUAAAAGAACAGCCGCACCGGUUAUGCCCCCCAGGAGAGCCAGUGGCCUUGUUCUCCAUGAGAACAUGAAGAAGAAAGAUGACAAGACUGUCCCUACCUGCAGCCGUGUUAGCUGCAGUUCCAGGAUAAGCUCCAACAAGGGUCUCUCCAUCGAUCAUAAACCAAAAUCCACGGUUCGAUCUCCUUCGAACGGAAAGGAAACCGUUGGGAGUUCGUCGUCUAGAACUACGAGUGGAUUAACAAAGACCCCCAAAGUUACUACCAGGAGACAACUUUCUUCUCUCUUGGACACGGAUUCUUCAGAGAGUAGUAGUAGCAGUGUUCACGAGCGACGUGGAAAGACCAAAGAGAGCAGUGUCAUCAGAGAAGUUGUGACGGAGCCGGGAAGCUCAAGCAGAGGUAGUAGUGGUAAUGGUGUGCAAAGCGCAAGAGUUGGUGUCAACAGGAAUGGAUUAAAAGACUUGAGGAGCAGUGUUCUUCCUUCAAGUCCAAACCCAACGAGAAAGAUCAGCACUUUUAGAAAGAAACCCUCUGAUGGAGAGAGCAGCUCUUCAAGCAGAGGGAAUAAUAAUAAGCCAGAGGUGAAGAACAACCAGAGUUCCCUCCCUCAUGGCAAUAAUGGCAUCAUCACCAUGUCUGAGUCUAGGAGGAACAGAAACUCGCCUAGUGUUAGGGACAACAACAGCGUUGUUUCGAGUAGUAGUACUAGGAGAUCAUCAACUGGUAGAACAACAGGGCGUGCUUCUGGAGCGGUUACAGCUUUACAAGCGCCGCCACAGCCUGCAACAAGAGCUGGUCUCAUCAAUCCCUCUAGAUCUAAUACAGAAGUUUCUCGUAGUCCUUUGCAUAGUUACAGUAGGCCAAUCAGUAGUAACAACGGCAGGUUACGUAGCCUGAUGAUGAUGCCUGGUGGUAGCCCCUCUCGCUCCUUGAUGAGCCGUGAUGGUUUCAGACGCUAUGACGUUAAUGGAGUUGCAGAGGUAUUGCUGGCACUGGAGAGGAUGGAACAAGACGAAGAGCUUACAUACGAGCAAUUGGCUGUUUUAGAGACCAAUCUGUUCUUGAGUGGCUUCCAUGAUCAGCAUAGAGAUAUGAGGCUUGACAUUGAUAACAUGUCCUACGAGGAGCUAUUAGCACUGGAGGAGAAGAUGGGCACAGUGAGCACUGCUCUAAGCGAGGAAGCUCUCCUUAAAAGCCUGAAGUUGAGCACUUUUAACCGUCCAACAGAAAAAUCUGGUGGAGUUUGCCUGAAGAAAGAUGAUGAUGUCAAAUGUAGUAUAUGCCAGGAAGAGUAUGUUGAUGGAGAUGAAGUAGGGACUUUGCCUUGCCAACAUAUGUACCAUGUGAGCUGUGCGCAACAGUGGCUUCGAAUGAAGAAUUGGUGUCCUAUCUGCAAAACGUCUGCAGAAUCUCAGCCACAGCCAUUUUCAUAA